GGAGCUUUACCACUUCCCUGCCUAUGCGGCCGGCCGGCUGCGCCUCUCCCCGAGCAGAGACAAGCGGCUCCGAGGCAUUGCCCGCAUCGCUUCUUCCGAGACCCUUUAAAUCAUACUGCAGCCCGGCGCCCCGGCCAUGGAGUCCUUUAAAGGUGGAAUGAAUUUGGAGAGGCUGCCCGAGAGCUUGCGACCCCAGCCCUCCCAUGACAUGGCUUCCAGCUUCCAUUUGCAGAGAGCCGCGGAGCCCCGGGACCCCAUCGAGAACUCGGCCAGUGAAUCCUCGGACGCGGAGGUGCCAGAGCGGCAACAUGUCUGGGAUGACAGGGCAGGCUCCAAGGAGGAAACAAAAGCUGCAGGGAAGAGCGCGAUGUCUGGGCUCCGCCGGCUCCGGCGGGAGAAGAAGAAGCGGCGGGGGCAACGGCCCCCCUUCCCGAGCCAGCAGCUGCAGGAGCUGGAGGCCACUUUCCAGCGGAACCGCUACCCGGACAUGAGCAUGCGGGAGGAGAUCGCCGUAUGGACCAACCUCACGGAGCCCAGAGUCCGGGUCUGGUUCAAGAACCGUCGAGCCAAGUGGCGAAAGAGGGAGCGGAACCAGCAGAUGGACCUGUGCAAGAACGGCUACGUGCCGCAGUUCAGCGGGCUCAUGCAGCCCUACGAAGACGUCUACGCGGGCUACCCCUACAACAACUGGGCCACCAAGAGCCUCACGCCGGCGCCGCUCUCCACCAAGAGCUUCACCUUCUUCAACUCCAUGAGCCCCUUGUCCUCGCAGUCCAUGUUCUCGGCGCCCAGCAGCAUCUCCUCCAUGAACAUGCCCUCCGGCAUGGGCCACUCGGCCGUGCCGGCCAUGGCCAACUCUGGCCUCAACAACAUCAACAACCUCGGCGGCUCCUCGCUCAACUCGGCCAUGUCGUCGCCGGCGUGUCCCUACGGGCCGCCGGGCUCGCCCUACAGCGUCUACAGGGACACUUGCAACUCCAGUUUAGCGAGCCUCAGACUGAAAUCAAAGCAGCACUCGAGUUUCGGCUACAGCAGUUUGCAGAGCCCCGGCUCCGGCCUCAACGCCUGCCAGUACAACAGCUGA